AUUUACAUAUGUUUUGUACACCUGAAUGAGCCAUAGACCUGAACAAUAAUUGAUAUGCAUAAUCGCAAACCCAAACCAUAUAUCUCCCGUUCACCUUCAAUGAAAUUAAUAUUGCGAAAGAAUACCAAACCAAUUUGUACCUCAAGUGGCAAAAAAUUGAAAUUGGAAAGCGUACUGGGAUUUACGACGUUCAACAACUCGACUCUCAGUUAUAAUACAGAAACUCGGUUAAUGUCAUAUCCAUCCGGUUCAAUAUUGGUGAUUCAUGAUGUACAAACUAAUAAAAACGAUUAUAUUGUUACGAAUUGCAAAAAAUCAAUUUCAUCAUGCUCAUUCUCAACUGAUGGCAAUUUUAUCGUGUUUGGAGAAUGUGGACAUCAGCCCGCUAUAAGGGUUUGGGAUAUCAGAGAUAAAAUAGAAUUAGCCCAAUUCUACAGUCAUAAAUAUGAAGUGGCAUGUGUGGCUUUUACUCCCGAUAUGAAAUAUUUGAUAUCAAUUGGGUCUCAUCAUGACAUGUCGGUGAAUGUUUGGGAUUGGAAAAAUAAAUUCAAAAUUGGCUGUAACAAAAUUUCUUCACAAGUAAAAGCCUUGUCUAUAAGUCAAGAUUCCCAGUAUUUUGUUACUUCGGGAAAUAAGCACGUUAAAUUUUGGUCUCUCACAUUUAAUCUCAAUAUUUCGAAUAGCCAUUCUACCUUGGAUAGCAUCAAUUCACAUACGACGGAACCCAUUCCCUUAAUAGGUAGAUCUGCCAUAUUAGGGGAUUUGAGAAAUGAAAUAUUUAACGAUAUAAAAUGCGGCAUAUUAGGUAAUAUGGACAAAGUAUAUGCUAUCACUAAUAAUGGUAUUUUAUGUUUGUUUUCGAGGCCUCCUUCUAGACAACUAGAGAUAACUGUCGAUGUCGAGUGUGAAACUGGUAAUUGUAUAUCCGUGAGUGAGCUUAAAGUUAUAUGUGGCUGUUCCAAUGGCGUUAUUCGAAUAUACGAUGCAAGUACUUUGGAAUUAAUGACAAAUUUUCCAAAACCUUACGCCUUAGGCAUCAGUCGUUCUCUUCUUGACCCGACACCUUUUAGUUUAAAUAUAUCCCCAAAAAGCCAUCUUGAUCUUACUUUCCCAGAUUGCAUCGCAUGUGCUAUAGAUACUGGCACAAAUCAAGCGAUCUCAAUGUAUAAUGAUCAUGGAAUUUAUAUUUGGGAUAUGUCAAAUGAAAUAUUGGAUGACAUUCGGCCUAGUUGGAAUUUUUUUUACCAUAGUUGCUGUGUAUGGGAAAUAUUGCUUUCAUCUCUCUCGCUGAAAGAUGAUUUAAAUCAAAUAACUCCCCUAAUGAUUACAUGUUCAUAUGAUGCAACCAUUCGGUUUUGGACCAUGGACUCUACCGAUAAGCCAAUUCUAACAUUUAUAAUCUAUCUCCAUGCAAAAUAUGCACAUUCAACAGUUUACUCUUCCACAAAUAACAAAAUGGAAAUACCAAACAAUGUUGUGAGUAAUAGCCAUUACAAUUCCGACUACGGAGCUCGUUCUUUAACUUUAAGUAAAGAUGGAAAUUACCUAGCGUGCGGAGACAAAAUUGGAAAUAUAAGAAUAUUUGAAACGAAUGGUUUAAAAGAAGUUAAUUUUAUAGAAGCACAUGAUGGGGAAAUUGUGACUCUUGAUUUCUCAUCUUUAAAUAGUGAGUAUGAAGAAUAUUCACAAUUGUUGGCUUCAGGCAGCAAAGAUAGAUUAAUACAUAUUUACCAAAAAUAUGCCGACAUUAAUUUUGUUAUAUCUCAAACUUUAAACGAUCAUUCGGCUCCUAUAUGUUGCGUCAAAUUUAUUUGCAUCAACUCGGAAUCUUACCAAAAUAUUAAAGUUCUGUUGUUGUUAAGCUGCGCUGCCGAUAAAUCCAUUUUGGUUAGGGAAGCUAUCACUGGAAAUAGGGAUGACUUAAAACAAAAGGCCAUCAACUUUGUUCUAUUAUAUCAAAUAACCAACAUUUCCUGUUAUUUAUAUGAUUUGGAUAUAGAUGCACACGGUAAAUUUAUUGUUACAGCUUGCCAGGAUAGAAAUAUACGGAUAUAUGAUGUGUUAGAUGGGAAGUUAAAAUACAUAUGUAAGGGCUCUCCAAAUGAAGAAGGCAUAUUGAUAAAGACUGUGUUCGAUCCAUCAUCUCAAUUUGUCGCUGUUAGUUGUUCUGAUAAAUCUGUAAACAUUAUCGAUUUCAAGACGGGUGAAAUUAUGGCUAAUAUAAAUGGCCAUUCUGAAAUUGUGGUAUGUUUCAAAUUUUCCAUAGAUGGAUCUAAAAUUUACACUGCUACUUUUGAUGGGUCUAUAUAUGCAUGGAAAUUAUCAUCAGAGUUGAUAAAAAGAAUACAAUUAAAUUUAUCAGAGUGUCAAGAUAUGAAUUUAUUUAUCAGUCCUAUUUAUUCCUCAAUUUUACUCAAUAAACACAAAGAGAACAAAAAAUAUGCUUCCGAGAAAGCAUCCUCGCCAUAUAAUUUCAAUAUUAAUCACUUGCCUUCUUGGGCUCAAAAACAAGUACUGUUGACAGAGACAGAUCAAAUAAAACCUGUCCUUUUACCAUCAACUUUUUCUAAGUUAAAUCCUUUUGUUAAAUACGAUAACUUAAGUUCAGAUGAUAUGGAAAGUUUGUCUUCUUAUUCAUCACAUUUAACAGUAAACAAAGAAUCUCAAUUCCUUAAUAGAAUUAAUUUCCAAAUAUCUAACCACUUACCCCUCUUACCAAAAGAUAAUAAUGGUAGACUAAAUUACACAAGUCCAGAUGCGAUACCACCAAUAUUUGAAAACACAAGGGAGAGUUUGUCAUCAAAAUUUUUUUUGAAAUGUUCCUCAAAUAUCAAUUUUACAAAAUCCGAUACCCCCCAUUCCCAAAGUGGUGCUAUAAAUAUGAAUAAAUUAACUAUCAUAGGCAACAAUACUACUAAAUCUUAUCUAUUGACUGAGAAAAUCAGGGAUUUUAAGAUGAGUCAAUCCGUAUCUCAUUUAAACAAUAUUAAAAUUAGUUAUGAAAAUGGGACCAAUAAUCAUCUUGGCAAUUUCGAUGAUCUGAAUUUCAAAAAAUAUUUUAACCAACAAUCAAAUGACAAUAUUACAGUAAUGAAGCGCAAUAAAGCUAAUUUGUCCUUAGCCCUCGAUCGGACAAAAAAUUUGUUAAAUUCAAUGCAAAGUUUAGUUUUAACCCCAGAAAAGCAAUCACGCCAUAAUUUUUCCUUACCAAUACACUCGAUUGGGAUUAAUACAUGUGAUGAAGAUAAAUCUCUUAAUCAUUGCAGUCAUUCUACAGCAAGACGAUACUCCCAACCUUUAUAUAGUCAAGUAUUAGUUUCUAGUUCGGCUGCUUUAAUAAAUACCAAACGGCUAGAAUAUUUAUGCACAUCACGUCGAUCAUCUAAAGUUCAUAUGUCACCACGAUUAGAAGCCUUGGAUCAAGAAGAUGGGAUUAUCAUGAGCGAUCAUAACAAAUGGAAAAGUAUGGUAUCCUUGAUGAGGUCUGAUAAUCAUCAUUGCGAUUUGGAACAAAGCCAUACCCACUUAGAUCGUUAUAAAUCUCACCAAUCCCUUCAUAGCACUCUACAUGCUCCUCUAUUAUCCCGCACUAAAUGUUUGAAUAAGUCGCCAUCUUUUAAAGAUUUGUUACAUAUAGCUACCAAUUUAUCUCCCAAUAUUGCAUGUUUAAUAAACAAAAAUGACAAGAGGGACUAUAAUAUACCUCCCAACUUCGAUCCUAACAGAUAUACCUCAAUUUUUAAUUUAAAUAAACAAAAUCAAGAUUUAAAUUUAAAUUGUGAUAAUGGGAAUGAGAUUUCCGAUUUUCACACUUCCUUACCAAAUUUAAAUAAUCGAACAAGUCCUGAUGGUAUAAUGAGCGCCAUUGAAGAACCCUGCAAAAUUCAAAUUCAUGAAAACCAUCAAUUAAUACAAAUGCUUUUACAAAUCAAACAUCCCUUAAAAGAAUUGGGUAAAACUAUUAAUUGCACUAAAAUUAUCAAAAAUGUUGAAAGCCAAAUGUCCUUGAUACACGAUAAAAUCUAUAACAACCACCAGAAUAAAUGUAUACACGACAAUGUACUUAUAUUGAUCCAAUCUUUAUUAAUGAUUGAAUUAGAAGCUAAAUCUCAUUUCAAGGCUGUUUUUGAUAUUUUGGAAAUGUUAUGUAAGGGAUGUGCAUACUCUUCAACAAUCCCCUUUUCUACUCAUUUAUCAAGUGAAUCAUGUGAUAGUACAAUAAAAUUAAUCCGAUCAUAUAUGAAUGAACUCAAAACUCUAAAUCAAUCCAUUCUCAACACAUGCGAUAAUAUAUUCGAUUAAAAAAAUUUUAUAGUUAUACUCAGGGACGUGCAUUCCUAUAAAAUCAUUUGUAUUAUUUUUAUGCAUAUAUAUUUUUUAUGAAGGUAACUUUAUACAAUUGUUUAAUAUUGGAUAAAUAAAUCUAUAUAGAAUUAUCAGUCCUAUCUGGUAGUUUUAAUUCUCUUAAUAAAUGUAUUUUUAAACUUAACAAAUCUAAUCUAUAGACAAAAUCCAAAUUAUUAUUAUAAACUUAGAGAUUUUUAUUUGUAGAUAUGUCUACGAAGUUUUUUUCCUAUUUAUUUAUUU